CUAUUUAUCAAAAAAGGAAUUAGAUUUAUUUAGCAAUAAUUAUAAUGAACACACAAGAAGCGUGAUUUAUAUUUAAUAUAUUGUUUCACUAUUUAUAAUGUGCAUAAUUAUGAGUGCGGCAGUUAGAUAGUGAAUUUUAAUUCUAUAGAAAUGUAUUUUAAGUUUAUAGCCGUUUCGUAGGUUAGGUUAAAGUUAUUCAAAUUAUCGGCGGGAGCGAAAUUAAUUUAAAAAACCCAGAAUUGAGAAUAUACAAUGGAAGGAAGUGAAGCAGUGAAAUAUACUUUAACAUCAUAUGCUGCCCCUUUAUUCGCAGGUGCAAUAGCAGGAGUAUCGGUUGAUGUUGCAUUAUACCCUUUGGAUACUUUAAAAACAAGAUUACAAAGCCAGCAAGGCUUUUAUAAAGCUGGUGGUUUCAAAGGUGUCUAUAGAGGUCUUUUGACAGUAGCAUCUGCGUCAGUACCAACAUCAGCCUUAUUUUUUGUGUCUUAUGAAGCAACUAAGUCUCUAAUGACUCCAAUGGUUACACCACAGUACUUACCAUUUGUACAUAUGUUUGCAGCUAGUGUUGGUGAAGUGUUGGCGUGUGUACUUCGUGUACCAACAGAAAUAGCCAAACAAAGAAAACAGACAUAUGUUGGAAAAGAACAAAUGAGCAGUAUUAGAAUUCUUGUAAAGGCACUCCAAACGGAUGGUUUUCGUAAUGGUCUAUACCGUGGCUUCUUUUCCACUGUACUGAGGGACUUGCCCUUCAGUUUCAUAGAGUUACCGCUUUGGGAGUUUCUUAAGUCUGUGGUGAAGGAAAGGGCUGAUGGACAGAUUAGCAGUUUUCAGAGUGCCCUAUGUGGUUCCUUAGCCGGGGGCUUUGCCGCGGCCGCGACGACUCCACUGGACCUAGCCAAGACCCGUAUAAUGUUAGCUGAAAAUUACGCGGAAACCCGCAAAUUAAGAAUAAAGCCGGUGUUAUCAGAGAUUUACUCUGUUAAUGGGUUAAGAGGCCUCUUUGCAGGUGUAACACCGCGGUUCACCGGUUUCAUGGUUGGAGGUUUUGUGUUUUUUGGCGCUUAUGAUGAUGCGAAAUCGUUUUUUACGCGCCAUUUUGAUAGGUAACAUUGGAUUUUCAUUUUAUAAGUUCUAUAGUCAUGAGUCGGGUACAAUAUGUUGAUUUCACAAAAUUAUUUGAUAUACUAAUUGUAUAUAAUAUAUAUAUAUAU